UGCGUGCCGACCACUUCUGCGAGACCAACUGUUAGAUCAUUUCUUCUAUGUAUAUAGAGAUAUGCUAGAUGCCUGUCUUCUGGGAUAGUUCGGACCCCUGAAGAGACUCUUCCAAAAACCCUAACCCCCUUCGAUCCGUUCGGCUCCGCCUCCCUUCGUCGUCGGAGCGGCCCGUGAGCCAUGGAUAGGUACCAGAGGGUGGAGAAGCCGCGCCCAGAAUCGGCCAUCGACGAGAACGAGAUCCGAAUCACCAGCCAGGGUCUCAUCCGGAACUAUGUGAGCUACGCGACGAGCCUCCUUGAGGAGAAACGUGUUAGAGAGAUUGUUAUAAAGGCAAUGGGACAGGCAAUCAGCAAAGCAGUGACAAUUGCUGAGAUUAUAAAGAAAAGGAUACCUGGGUUAUAUCAAGACACUGCAAUCAGUUCAGUCAGUAUCACUGAUGUUUGGGAACCUAUUGAAGAGGGUCUUGUACCCCUGGAGAUGACACGUCUUGUCUCAAUGAUUUCAAUAUCUUUGUCAACCAAAGAGCUAAACGAAAACUCCCCCGGGUAUCAAGUUCCUUCACGUAUAGAGCAGCCAAAGCAUCAGCAAAGAUAUCAACAAUCACAGCAGUAUCAACAGCAACCACAACUUCAACCAAGACAAGCGCAAGGCCAAUUUUACGAAGAUUCAUAUGUACGAGGACGUGGUAGAGGUAGAAGUAGAGGAAGAGGAAGGGGAUGGGGAAGAGGAUAUGGUGGAUAUGCUGGCUAUGACAAUAAUCAGGGUGGAUAUGGCAACUAUCAAGGUGGAUAUGGUGACUAUGGCUAUAAUCAAGGUGGAUAUGGUGGAUAUGAACACAAUCAAGAAAAUGGUGGAUGGAACUCAAACUGGGGUCGGGGUGGUGGACGUAGUAGAGGUGGUUGGAAUUAUCGUGGUGGAGGAUAUGGAGGAGGAAGAGGUAAUGGAAGGGUUGGUGGGAGAAAUUAUGGUGGCGGACGAGGAAGGAUGGGUGGCCGUGCGCGAGCAAACCAGGUCUAGCAUCUUGUCUUUGGGCUUGGGGUACUUUCUGAUGCAUGCUUGGUUAGCUCAAGGAAAAACUGUUGGACUUAUCUGGGAUAUCACCUGUGGAUUGUGGUUGUGCAAGAGUAAGCUUUGAUGGUUAGAAAAAUGGUUGUGUUUUCCCAUUCAUAUGUUUAUGUUGGCUGCCCAAGUUAGAUUUUGUUUCCCUAUAAUUGUGGAGUUACUAGAGAAUGCUGUAGUCUUCUCCAUCUCUCUUUGUUCAUAUACUUCCAUCAAUUCAUACUAGUGCAUCAGAAAAUUCUAUUUAUGUGAAAAAUGAGCAUCAGUUUUAAUCUCUA